AUGGAUGGUUGCAGCUACAAGGCAGCAGCUGGAGGGUCAUUGUCGAAUACUCUAGUUGCUUUGGCAAGAUUAGGUUGCCAAUCAAUCAGUGACAGGCCUUUGAAUGUGGCCAUGGCAGGCAGUAUUGCUGGUGACCCUCUUGGUAGCUUUUAUAGGACUAAACUACGACGAGCAAAUGUAAAUUUCCUUUCUGCUUACUCCUGA